AUGGGCGACUUUGUGCUGCUGAACCGGCGCCCGGGCGUCAUGGAAACCAUGGUGCUCGGUGACGGUUCCUCCAGCUGGCUGCUUCGCUGCUUUUCCUCCUGCGCGCUCGUUCAUUGGCUUCUUGCCAUUUAUGAGGAUUGGAAAGCCCGACGGCUAUUGGCCAUUCAUUGCGAGGAGUCACCUUCAGCAGCGCAAGAGCAAUGGCUUCUGCAGGCUUCGUCUAUGCUGGUCUGGGUGUACACGGUGCAUCACCUGCUGGCGGUCGUCGUCUUCGCUUGGAACUUGGCCUCCCAACAGCUCCCGGUGCUCUGCUGCUUCGGGGCACUCUUCGAGCUCCCGGUCUGCUUUACAAAUCUGCGGGAUCUCAUGGUGGUCUUCCACAAGGACCUGGAAGAGCGUAUGGGCCGGUCGGUGCUGCCGUCCCGCAAAGUCGCGAAGCGCUGGUGGAAUUGCACCUGCUGCGCGGUAUGCCUUGGGCGACUGCCAGCGGUGGCCGCCUUUUUGUGGGCCCAGGCGUUUUGGGGCCAGGAGUUGGACCAUUUGCCCAAAGAAGCCGGCGUCGCCUUCCGAUUCUUCGGCACCAGCUUUACGAUCUUCUCGCUGCUCUGGGCGGCGCAGCUGGCGGCGGACCGCGCCGCCGACCUGCGGAACCUGCAAAGCUUGGCGCGGGUCUCCCGGGAUUUCCGAAGCCUGCGCCCCGGCGCCGUGGGUCUGAGUGCCCACCGCGCCGCUGGCCAGACCAGAACGUUGCACCAGGCGCAGCUGGCGGAGAAAGGUUCCACCCCGUCGACUGGCUCCUCCAGCUUUUCUUUGACUACCUUCGAUGAGACCGCCGAGAACACCAAGAGCGCCUCGGUGGUGUUCUACUUCAUGCUGGGCCUGCUGUUCCCUCUCCUGGGAGGCUUCACCUUCGGCCUGCUGCUCGCGGGCCUCGGCUAUGGCCUUUCUUACGGUGGCAUCGUGGACUUCGCCAAGAAGCAGGAGGCGCUCAAGGAGUACACCAGCACCAUUGAGGACGUGGGCACCGCGGGGAUCAAGGCUGGCGAGUAUGCCCUGAAGGCCUACAACUUUGCGGCCGUCCGCGCCCGAGAGAUGUGGGAGAGCAGUAGAGACUACGGUCGACCUGUGAAGCUUGCCGAGCGGUCUGACUGGAAGGCGAGAGGAACGACUAAGACCGCGGACUUCGAGGAGCUGGAGCAGGCGGUGCCGCAGAAGAUCUACCUGAAGUGGGUGAGGCAAGAGCUGGCGGACGAGCGAGCAUGCCUGGAGCUGCCCUUUAUGAUCAUUGUGAUGAUCUCCUUCACCCUGAUGGCGGUCUUGGCCCUGAACCAGCACACCGUGCUCUCGGUGGAGCAGGCCAUCGAGCAAGACAUCCUGAACAAUGCGAACUUCGCAUUUCACGAGUACCACGGCCACAAGAAGCUCCUGGACGUGCACAGCUUCGGGGACUUUUGGAGUUGGCUCCGCCUGGGCAUGCUGCCCAGGACGAUCCAGACUCGCUGGGAGUACUCCGAGAGUCGCGCCAGAGAUGUCUCGAGCGUUUUCGCGCUGAACACUGAGCCCAACAGCACUUGGGACUUCGGAGACAGGGUCGUCCCGAUCACCGGGGACUACCUGCACUUCAACCGCAUCAUCGGGGGCCUUCGCUUUCGGCAGCAGGUGGCCGCGGAGGCGCCGUGCCGCUUCCCCACCGGCGGGGAGAAGUGGCAGCGCUGGUACGGCAAGCCCUGCGUGCCCGCCUACCAGGAGUUGGCCUUUGAGCCGGACACCUCGGAGGGCGAGAACUUCAUCCGCUCCGAGCGCCAGGAGUGGCUCCUGAUCUCCAAAGACAUGCAGCGCAUGGUGGACCAGGUGGUGGACAUGGAGGACGGCUGUAGCUCCAGGCCGUCUGUGGACCUUUGCUACUGCGAGUGGUGCAAAGCCCAGGCGCCGGCGUUGCCGUGGCUGACGGAGCGGACUCAGCGGGUAGAGGUGGCCUUGGCAAGCUUCAACCCAGAGUUCGGGCUUCUCACCUUGACGGGGGUGAAUUUGUGGAUGGCGCGGGGCGGGCGCAUGCGGAAGCGCGUGGAGCUCAUGUCCGUUUGGAUCACCUUCUCGCAGCCCACCUUGGCGAAUGUGCCCAUGAUGGUCUUCGCGUCCAUUUGGGUCCUCUGCCUCUGCUACAUCUUGCUCUCCGAGAUCCUCGAGAUCUUCUCGGUGUUUCGGAAUGCCGAGCAGAGGUGGUACAAGGCCUUCUGGGAAGAAUACUGCAAGCCCUGGACGCUGGUGGACUGGCUCUCCAUUUGCGUGGCGGUUUGGGUCAUGGUCUUGUGGAUGGUGCUGACCUUUGCCACUGGAGAGCUGCAGACUCAGCUGGGCCAACUGCUUGACGACGUGUCCAAUCCGCCGCCAGAGCAAGUGGCCGCUUUUUACGAAGCAUUGGAAGAGGUCUGCGCGGAGGAGAAGCGAUUUCGGCUCCUGCUGUGUUUCUACCCGAUGCUGCUGAUGCUGCGUCUCUUCAAAUCCUUCGCCGCCCAACCGCGACUCGCGGUGGUCACCGACACCCUGUCGCUCGCCUCGCAGGACUUGCUGCACUUCGGCAUCGUUCUGCUGGCGGUGAUGGCCUGUCUCUGCCUCAACGGUGUGCUGCUGUUCGGACGAGACUUGGAGGAGUUCGGGAACCUGUUCCGGUCCCUGCACAGCUCCUUUCGGAUGAUGUUCGGCGACUGGGAGUGGGGCCCCAUGGAGGAGGUCUCGCGAGCCGGGGCGUACCUUUGGUUCACCAUGUUCAUGGUUCUGGUGGUGAUCAUUCUGCUGAACAUGCUUUUGGCCAUCAUCCUGGACAACUACAUGGACGUGAAGAAAAUUUCGGCCUCGGCGCAGACGCUGGGCCAGCAGAUGCAGGAGAUGCGACGCAGGAGGCAGAUGCAGAAGGCCCAGGAGCGAGUGAAGCUCAGCGACGUGUGGCGCCUGUUUGUGGACCACGAAGGUGGCGUGAAGGCAGCUCUGUGCUCGGAGCGCCCGCUGACGGUGAGCUCGCUGCAGGACAUGGUGCCAGGAAUCCCCAGACCCCAGGCGGCGCGCACAUUGCAGAACUCCUGGAUGGCUCACCUCAAGGCGACCACCGCGCCGUUUGAGCUGAAGCACGCGCAGCUGCCUCUGUGCCGCUUCGAGGCGGAGACCCGGCGCCUGCGGAACGAGCUGUAUUUCAUCUUCGACCGCCUGGACUUCUACGACACGAGGUUCAAAGGUGGGGAGAAGGAGGAGUUCUCUGAAGCGGCCCAGACCGACAUGGCGCAGGAGAUCGCCUCGCAGAUGCAGCGGCUGAGCAUCGAGGCGGCUGAGAAGCUGGCGGGCCUGCUGAGCGUGGCGGACAAGACGCAGACCCGGAUCGAAGAGAAGCAAGGGUCCAUCCAUGGCACGGUGCGGGAGAUGACGCACAUGCUGCUGCAGCUCCAAAGCCUCGGCACCCAAAUCGGGAGCCGCCUGGAGGGCCUGGGCUACCGGGAGCCGAGCACCUGGGCCGCCUGGGCCUGGCACGCCGCCACGAAGAAAAAGAAGAAAUUGUCCGCGAGCGAGCGGCGGGCGAAUCC